ACCAUAUAAAUACCCCCCACUUCGCACUCUUUACCUAGUGCUGCGUACUGCUAUUUGCUAAUCCUUAGUUCAGAAACAACAACAAAAAGAAGCGAAAAAUGGAGCAGACUUUCAUCAUGAUCAAGCCUGAUGGUGUCCAACGUGGCUUGGUUGGUGAGAUUAUUGGAAGAUUUGAGAAGAAAGGAUUCACUUUGAAGGGCUUGAAGCUCAUUACUGUGGAUCGCGCUUUUGCUGAAAAGCAUUACGCAGACUUGUCUGCCAAGCCUUUCUUUAAUGGGCUUGUUGAGUAUAUUGUUUCUGGCCCUGUUGUUGCUAUGGUCUGGGAGGGUAAGGGUGUAGUUACCACCGGCAGGAAGAUCAUCGGAGCAACAAACCCCUUGGAGUCUGCUCCUGGUACCAUCCGUGGUGAUUAUGCUAUUGACAUUGGCAGGAACGUUAUUCAUGGAAGUGAUGCUGUUGAGAGUGCAAGGAAGGAGAUUGCUCUUUGGUUCCCCGAAGGAGUUGCAGAGUGGCAGAGCAGCCUUCACUCUUGGAUCUAUGAAUAGAAAAGUUUUAUGAAUUUAGAACUCUAGUCAUGGCCUGCCUAUUUAGUUGUAACUUAUGAACUUUGUCUGUCAUUUGAGUCCAGAAGUUUGUUUUUUAAGAUUAGAAGUUUGUUUUUUAAGGUUUACUAGCGUUCCCUGCUUCAAGAAUAUUUAAGAAGUGAUAUUUGAUGUUUUAUGUUUCAUG